GGCACCAAUACAGUCAGCAGCAUUAGCAAUUCACCGCUCAUCAAUUAAAUCCGCCCUAAUUCCUUCAUCUUCCCCCAUCACCCAGCGACGAUGACUUCUCAAUCACUACUGACAAGUCUCGUUGACUAUCGCGGUGGAAAUGUCACAAUUCUGAGUACAACCGUUUUGGCGGUUAUAGUGGCGUUCUCACUGCUAAACCGCCUACUAACUCCCCGCAUUGACCCACGUGAACCGCCAGUCUUGAAACCGUCGAUUCCCUGGGUAGGACACAUCAUCGGGAUAAUUCGUCACCAAGCAGAUUACAGCAGAAUAAUCCACAAUGAGAACCCUCACGUCCAAAUCGCGACGCUGCCCAUGCUCAACGGCAAAGUCUACGCCGCCUUCGACCCCGCGCUCCUCCAAACCCUCCUCCGCAACAAAACCGCGUCCUUCGAGCCCUUUGUCUUUGACUACGCGGAAAAGACAUUCGCGCUGAAGCACGAGACUUUUGCGAAAGUUAAAGUACCGGGAGUUUACGAUGAAUUUACAGAGGCGAUUCAUGCGAGCUUCCAGGUUAGGCAUUUGCAUCAGAUGAAUGUGCAUUUCCUGGGUAGCAUCGCUGCGAAGCUGAACCACGCGACGAUACGUGCCGAUUCGAUCAAUGCGGGAAAGGAGACGGUCGCAAAUGGACGGUUACACGUGAAGAAUCUUUAUCUCUGGUGUCGCGAUGUUAUGAGCCUCGCUACAACGCGAUCUCUCUACGGCGACACCGAUCCUUUCAAUGGCGAUCCUUCUUUAAUUGAAGACAUGUGGCUUUUCGAAGAAUCAGUCCCCUACUUCCUCCUCUCGCUCUUCCCAUCAAUCACAAUGCCAAAAGCCUACAAAGCGCGCUCCACGCUCCAAAACAUCGCUUGCAAAUGGUACUCCGAAGACCACGACAUCCACGAUCCCAGUGUCUCCGCCCUCGUACGAAACCGCGCCGGAGCACUGCGAAAGAACGGUCUAACGGGGUAUGAGAUCGGGAAGUUUGAGGUUAUUCUUCCGAAUGUGGCGACGCUUAAUGCUGUGCCGACGUUUUACUGGCUCUUAUUGUAUAUCCUUGACCGACCAGAUCUCCUCGCGCGGAUACGAGUCGAAGCUGAGGAUGCAGCUGUUAUAGAGGAUAAUAAUGGGAAGAGGAGUGCGACGUUUAAUAUAGCAGAUUUUGAAGAGAAGCUUCCUCUGCUGGUGAGCUGUUAUCGCGAGACACUACGUCUUGCGAACCAGACCCUCAGCAUGCGACGCAUCCUCGAAGACACAAGCAUCACGACGCCCGAAGGAACAACAUAUAUUCUUAAAAAGGGUACAGACCUGCAACUUCCCGCUGGCGUAGCACACUACGAGGACAGUGUCUGGGGCGCUGAUGUCAACGUCUUCAAUCCAGAGCGCUUCCUCCCAUCUUCCAGGGGAAACUUUGAAGAGGAGCGCAAGCGCAAGGCAGCGUAUAUACCCUUCGGCGGCGGUCGCCAUCUGUGCCCAGGCCGAAACCUCGCUUUCGCAGAGAUCAUUGGGUUCGCGUCUGCUCUGCUGCUAGGCUUUGAGAUUGAGGCUGUUGGGAUGCGGUUUGGCGAUGUCAAGAUGCUGGGGCCGCAGCUUGCGGGCGGGACGGUGCGGCCGGAGAGGUAUGGCGCUGGGUUGGGAGCUGAGAUAGUGAUGAGGGAGGGGUGGGAGGAUGUUGAGUGGAGGUUUGAGUGUUGAAGCUUCAAUUGGCAAGAGUAAGGCGAUCAUGUUGAUGUUGGGGAAUCGAUUGCGAUUUAUUAUGUCUCAUCAAUCGUGUUCGCUAUGCUAGUACAGUGCCCCAAAUGCGAUGGUACAGACGUAGAAAGCCCUUGUUCUUGUUUUAUGUUUUUUUUUGGUUUUUUUUUGGUCGAAAUGCAAAUAAAUCCCAAUUGAUCUGAUUGGCGAUGUCAUCACAGACUCUCCAACAUACCGUCCCAUUCCCUUUCAAUUCCAUUUUCCCAUCACGACUCCUCCAGACAAACAUCCCAUAUCGCAUCGCAUACCGGCAUUUCUCCGUCCAGGUGUUGAGGACAUUAACCGCUCUUAGAAGCAUGUCCAUUCGUCUCCGUCUUGUCCUCCGGGGCAGUCGUCUCAAACAUCAAUACAGGCUGAUACAGCUGUCGUCCAUGUGGACUGUGAACCCAGAUGUCCUGAGGCCAUAGUCGCUGCUGAGAUUCAAUGGUGAUAGUUCUCCGAUGAUCAAAGUCAUAUUCCGAUUGAGGAGCGGGGAUGGGGAAGCUCUCGACGUGAUAUUGAGGCUGAUCGGCAGGACCCUGUGAAGAUCGCGUAGCCGAGGAUUGCAUGCAGCAGUUCUGACUCUGCUUCUGCGGUUUGUUGCCGUUUUCUUCAACAAUUUGACACAUGGUUUUUUGGUCUUAGUGGUGAUGAAAUGAUAAAAAAAAUGCUAGUUGAGUAGUAGUCUUGAGAUGGGGGAUUUGGGCCUCAUAUAUACCUUGACCAGCAGGAGUAUGCAUGCGGGACUACCUUUCGCCCACAGAAGCAAAAUUCAGUAUAUUUAGCGAAUCAAGCUUGUCGGACCGGUCCGAUGAUCGCGAGAGGACUGUUGGGCAUCGAAUGCCCUUGAGGUUGGUGUAACACAAGGGCUUUCUAUGCAUUCGAGGCUUGCAUCUGGGCUGGGUCUG